AUGGCAGACGGUGAUAGGAAAUCAAGCAGAUGGAAAACAAUACUAGGAAUCAUUCUUUUACUACUUAUUAUUGGAAUUGUUUUAUAUAUAAUAUACAGGUGGUAUAAGAGCAGAUCUAGUGAUGGUGGUAAUGAAGGAAUAAUGGGCAUGAUUAUGCCAAGCUCUCAAGGACAGCAGCAGCAACAGCAGCAGGGCGGUGGAGCAAACCCAAAUAAUCAAGGGCAGAAGCAGCAGCCACAGCAACAACAGGAGCAAGGACCCCAGCAAGAGCAGGGACAAGGCGAGGGCCAAGGCGAAGGACAAGGCGAGGAUCAAGGAACUCAAACGGAUUCAAAUCAAAGUCAAGAACAAGGAACUCAGACAGAGCCAGAACAGCAGGACCAAGGUGAGGAAAAAGGUGAGGACCAAGGAGAACAGGCAGAUGAAGAAGAUCCUAAAGAAAAGGAAGAACGAGAGGCUAGAGAGAGGGCUGAACAAGAGGCUCAAGAGGGAAAUGCUGAGAACGAAAAGGGAGAAGGACAAUCUGAAGACGCGGGCGAAGGCUCUUCAAAUCCUGAACAAAGCGGUGGAGCGGAACAGCAAGAGAGUCAAGCUGAGAGUGCACCCGCCAUAGAACAGGAGGCUUCAAGCCCUGAACCACAAGGUGGUGGAAUGGAACAGCAAGAGAGUUCAGCCCCAAGUGCGGCUCCCGUGGAAUCAGCCAGUUAA